UUCAUUGCGGUUCACCAAUGCAGCUCAACAUUCUCCUCCAAACUACUUUCUACUCUUCUCCUCAGUAUCUUUAUCCCAAUUUGACGUUCUCCUGCAUCCUCCCCGUCUCCCCAGCCAUUCUAGGCCUCUCAAUCCCCCUAUCACCUACAACACUGUUUAUGGCAGUGUGGGAAAUGUUUUCUACGUUCUUUUGUUCAAAGUCAUCAAAGGACUUUUGAUAGAACAUUCACCUUGGCAGCCCAGAUGGCUCCUAACAUCUGUAAUAAUUAAAUGGAAUGUAAAGACUUGGAACGAUGGAGGCACCUGUGGAAGAUGUCCCACAUGCGGUCUGUGGACAGGAAACAACAUGUGAAGAAGUGGUUGAAGCGUUGGCUCAAGUCCUGAGUAUGCCUGGUGAUUACAUGUUACAGGAGACAUUCAGUGACGUUGAGCAGUGCAUGACACGCAACAAGCAGCUUCUGGAGACUCUUAAGAAGUAUAGUAAACAGGCCAGGGAGGUGCAGCACCCUGCUAGUGGUUCACUGAGUUUGCAUUGCCAAAGCUUGCCUGCCUUGCCUUGUUUGAGGCACAAAGCUGAGCAGUCAAAAGAGGACACAAAGAGACCAAAGAAAAUGUCUCUCAUGAAAGAGGCCUUGGAAUGGCUGGAGAAUCUGGGGAAAGGAAAGGUCAACCGGCAAACGAGAGGCAAAGAAAUCAAACACCGCAAGAAAAGACAAGAGGCAAAGUCUGACGACCUGAGCAGGUCGCGUUGUGUUACCACUGACGAUGACAAAAAUCAUCUAAAGGAAAUCAUUUGGAGUCAGCUCAGUUGUUUGCAGGAUUUAGAAGCCCAUAUAGAUCAUGUAGAAAAACAUAUUUUUGAGCUUGAGGAAAAGCAGAGGAGCAGAGGGGCUGAGCAGGAAGCCCAGCAGACGAUGUCUGAACACGAGAUUGAGCAGAUCAUGUUUUGGGAAAAUGAAUUAAAAGAAGAAGAGCAACAUGAGAAAGACUUGCAAUGUCAGUGCACUGAGAUGAGAGUGAAGGCUGUCGAGUUCCAGGCCAUGCUUGAGGAGUACAAGCACAAAAUACAGGGACUUGAUUUCUUUGCCACUCAAAAUGGUGUAAACGAGGAUUUAGAGGUUUCAAAUGUUGGUGCAAAUGCUGCCACUGAGGUUUCAGCUGAAGACGCAAAUCAACCGUCAUCUGAUCAAGACAGGGAUUUGAAUGUUGACAAGAAUUUCCUGCCCAGAGACGCCUUCAACUCUCCUCGUGCUCUAGUUUCUCCCGACCCGAUGAAGGAGCGGCAGCCCACAGGUCUCACAGAGCUAAGGCAGUGGUCGACGAGCUGAUCUGAUGCCAAAAACACACUUUUACAGGCUGAACAGGUGAUUUACCACUCUGAACUUACUAUUUUAUUUUUUUAUAUAUAUAAAUGUAUCUAUAUUUUUUUUAUAUAUUUAUAACUUACUACUAACUAUUACAUUUGGGCUGCCCCAAGGACGAGGACAGAGAAAUGAGUAUGAAGGAGAGUUAUGAAAUGAAAUAGGACUUUGUUUUGUGAUAGGAGGGUUUAGCCAGAACCGGCCCGCCAGAGGGUCCAAUCCGGCCCACAGGAUGAAUUUGUUAAAAUUUAACACUAAUCUAAACGUAAUGUCAAAUGCUCCAGAUAUCCCCGUGACUAAAUGUUUGUACCUUUAUAGAUCCAUUGUGCUGUGUAAAUAGUAAAUUUAGGCAUGAUAUUGUUGAAAUUGCACUUAUAUUUCUCAAGAAAUUUCAUGUUUUGUAAAAUUAUCCUUCAUUAAAUGUAAAACAAAGGAGAAAAAACAAAGGAGUUCUUGUUGUUCAUAGGUUAUUAUGCUAUUAUUUUACUAUUUUUACUGGUCCGGCCCCCUUGAGAUCAAAUUGUGCUGUAUGUGGCCCCUGAACAAAAAUGAGUUUGACACCCCUGGUUUAGACUGACGUGCUGAGGAUUACAGGAAGGUUCCUUGAACUGCAUUGAGGAACCUUGACCUGUGUUGAAGGAUUUGAAAUGUGGUGCAGGACCGUGUUGAAGAAAAGAAUGUGGAUACGAAUGAGGGACAACUUCCAUCUGUGUUAGAUUCAAGCUGUGAUUAUGAACUUCAAAAUGUUUUUUUGCACCUCUUAGUGUACAGCCUGCCUCAGAGGAACUCAUGGCAGUGGGAAUCUUCUUCUUGUGUAGGUGUU